AUGUCGAUUCGGAUCAGCAGCCGUACACGUGGUCGUCGUGCUCGCGCCUCGUCGAGUGAGUUCGCCGCCGUCGUUCGUUGACGCGAGUGGGGGAGAGAGAUUCGGUCAUCCCUACCCCACCGCCGCCCGCACUCGACCGCACUCGACCGCACUCGACCGCACUCGCGCCGGUCGCACCACGCCCUGCACAGCUUGUACUGACCCUCCAUGUGUUCGACUCACAGGUGAGGACGAGGCCUCCUCGUCUGCUCCCACGAGCAAGGUCAACUCGCCCGCCCAGCCGGCCCCGAAACGACCUCGCUUCACGAUCGCGAUCGCGCCGACUCGUCGUGGCGAUCGCGCCUCGUCCGUCUCGUCCCAGGACAGCAUCGACCAUGGCAGAGCCCGGUUGUAUCGCGAUGAGGGAUCCGACAACGGAGAGCCUUAUUCAGACGAAGCCGAUCUCGCUCUUCAGCAGCAGCAGGACGACGACGACGACGACAACUACACCUCGGACGACGACCCGUACAACCGCGCCAACGCAAAGAAGGCCAACAAGGGCAAAGCCAAAGGACCCAGCUCCGGAGCUCCGACCACGAUCAAACUCAAGCUAUCCCACGCAGCAGCUCCCCAGGACGAUGGCAAUGACAGCGAUGCAGCUCCGAUUGACCCACUACGCAAAGGCGACCUCGUGUCGUCCAUCUUUCGCGAGUCGCGCGACUUCACCAACCUCCCGCUCAAACCGGACCACGCCACUCGCCCCUUCUUCAUCAACCCCGACACCUUCAGCAUCAUCCUCGAGGCCUUCCACGUCCUCGCACCCCAAGCCACCGACUUUCUCAUCGCCAUCGCCGAACCGAUAUCCCGCCCCAAGUUUCUCCACGAGUACAAGCUCACCCCUCAUUCGCUCUACGCCGCCGUCUCGGUCGGCCUCCAAACGGAGAACAUCAUCGAAGUCCUCAACCGCAUGUCCAAGGUUCCCGUCCCCGAAUCGAUCGGUCGCUUCAUCAGGGACUGUACCAGGUCCUACGGCAAGGUCAAACUUGUGCUCAAGCACAACAAGCACUUUGUCGAAUCGUCGCAUCCGCAGGUCUUGAGGGAGCUGCUCCGCGACAAGGUCAUUGGGCCGGCUAGGGUCCCGUUCGAGGAGCAGGUCGCUGCCGAGGGUGGGUUGAGGACCGACAAGGCGCCGACCAAGGCAGGCUUGGUCAUCCCUGGAACGAGGCAGGCUGGAGCAACGGGUACCGAGGGGUCAGCCGACGCGGCGAGAGCAGGAGCUGAGGCGGACAAGGACAACGCGGGUGGGAGUGCAGCUGCUGCGGCCGCCGCUGCCGCCGCUGCCGACGAUGACUUGUUCACUUCUGUGAUUGGACUCGCUAAAGGUAAGCGAGCCCAUUCUCCCUCAGGCCGAUGUGCAGCACUGACCUGUCGGAAGAUUCGCGCUCUCGCAGAGGACGAUCUUGACGACGAAGAGGUGCACUCGUUCCAAAUCAAGGAGAGCGAGAUCGAGACCGUCAAGCGGCGGUGCCUGGCGAUCGAGUUCCCCAUGAUGGAGGAGUACGAUUUCCGCCACGACGAGAUCAACCCGACGCUCGAGAUCGACCUCAAACCCACGACUACGAUCCGAUCUUAUCAGGAAAAGUCGCUGGGCAAGAUGUUUGGUAACGGGCGGGCUCGAUCGGGGAUCAUCGUCUUGCCGUGUGGUGCGGGAAAGACGCUGGUGGGGAUCACGGCCGCAACGACGAUCCGCAAGUCGUGCAUCGUGCUGUGCACUUCCAGCGUCAGCGUGAUGCAGUGGAAGCAGCAGUUCCUGCAGUGGUGUACGAUCAAGGACUCGGCGAUCGCCGUCUUUACCGCCGAUCAGAAGGAAAAAUUCUUGGGUGACGCAGGCAUCGUCGUGUCGACGUAUUCGAUGGUGGCGAACCGACAGAAGCGAUCGCACGAGUCGCAGAAGAUGAUGGACUUUUUGACCGGUCGCGAAUGGGGGUUCGUCCUGUUGGACGAAGUGCACGUCGUGCCCGCGGCGAUGUUCCGACGUGUCGUUUCGACGAUCAAGGCCCAUGCCAAACUUGGCUUGACGGCGACGUUGGUGCGAGAAGACGACAAGAUCGACGAUCUCAACUUCUUGAUCGGGCCCAAGUUGUACGAAGCGAACUGGAUGGACCUCGCCAACAACGGACACAUCGCUCGAGUGCAAUGCGCCGAAGUGUGGUGCGACAUGACGCCCGAGUUUUACCGCGAGUACUUGCGCGAAAAGUCGAGGAAGAGGAUGCUGCUGUAUUCGAUGAACCCGAACAAGUUCCAGGCGUGUCAGUUUUUGAUCCAGUACCACGAGGCGAGGGGGGAUAAGAUUAUUGUCUUUUCGGACAAUGUUUAUGCGUUGGAGGUGAGUGGUGACCAAAGCUUGUGGGGUUGAAAAUGCAGUUGCUGAUGACCUUGUUCUGUCGUCCAGGCCUAUGCCAAGAAGCUCGGCAAGCUCUACAUUCACGGCGGUACGGCCCAAGUCGAGCGCAUGCGCAUCCUCCAAAACUUUCAACACAACCCGAUCGUCAACACCAUCUUCCUCUCCAAAGUUGGCGACACCUCGAUCGAUCUCCCCGAAGCAACGUGCUUGAUCCAGAUCAGUAGUCAUUUCGGGAGUCGUCGACAGGAGGCGCAGAGGUUGGGCAGGAUCUUGAGGGCCAAAAGGAGGAACGAUGAAGGGUUCAAUGCGUUCUUUUAUUCGUUGGUUUCCAAGGAGUGAGUUUGAGGCUCUAUCGGGUUGUAAGGGUGGAGCGAGUCGCUGACGAGUUGGCGGGAUGUGUUCAUGUCCUUAGUACGCAAGAGAUCUAUUACUCGUCCAAGCGGCAAGGUUUCCUGGUAGAGUAAGCCUGAAGGAGGGUCUGGUCAACGCUCAUAUUCGAAUCACGCCUGACCGCGGUGUUUCUUUGCGCGCACAGCCAAGGCUACGCCUUCAAAGUCAUCACCUCCCUCGAAGGGAUCGAAGCUCUACCCGACCUCGUCUACCCUACCAAGAACGAACAGAUCGAACUUUUACAAUCCGUACUACUCGCCAACGAAUCUGAUGCGGAUCUAGGAACGGAUUUGAGGGACCUGCCGGGGGACUUGCCUCAUUCGGGAGGAGGGAGGGGUAAGGGAUUGGGGAUGGGAGGGAAGAGGAGUGAUGGAGUGGCGAAAGCGACGAGGGUCGCGGGGAGCUUGCAGGCCUUGGCUGGGUACGUUCGGAAUGCAAGUUUUCGAGUGGUGCAUGAGCUGACUUGCGGUGACCGCCCUUUUCGUGCGUUACAGUGGUCAGAGUAUGGCCUAUACGGAAACGAACCGAAGUGAGAACAAGAAAUUGGCCAAGUCGUCGACCCGGCAUGCAUUGUUCAAGAAAAGGGAGGAGAAGCAGAAGGGAAAGAAGAGGAGGGAGGAUUAG